AUGUUACACGAAGCAGAACUCUCCAGAACUCAGUAUUUCCGCCUCCUCGACCUGCCACCUGAAAUCUGGAGCAACAUCGGCAAGCUCGUCGUCGAUAACAAGCCUCCUCUCACCUACCGCGCUAUCUGGUGGGCGCGCGACGAGAGAUGUAGCACACCAUGGACCCAGCAACCAGCCAUCGCCCGCACUUGUCGAAUCCUGAGGCAGGAGCUACUACUAUACUACUACAAGAACACACCUCUUCGCUACGUCCUUGCACACACAACCUCGUGUCAGGCGGUUGGUAUAUGGCUCCGAGCGAUUGGCAAACACAACAGGCUGCUCAUGGGAGUCAUCAGCAUUGGAGUCUGGUCUUAUGCGCCGAUGGAUACUUUGAGGAAGGAGCUGUCGGUCGAUUGGAAAGUGGAAUUCGAGCUGCAUGAGCUGGAGUACAAGCGCAUAACACCACGCUUGAGCAACGGGAUGGAGGCAAGUUCCAAGCUCGAGCAGUACUCGAUUGCCACGGUGACGUUUGUGUAG